UUUUAGUCUCUUUUAUCUCAGUUCUUAAACCCUACAACACUUUCUGAAAGGCUUUGAGAGUUUCUGGUUGAUCAAUGGCGGCGACCACCACAAGCACCCAUCUUUACCGUCCACCCUCUCUGUCCAAAACCCGAACCUAUCCUUUGAACCAAAACCCAUUUCUUAAAAUUCCCAUUUUACCUCUAAAAUUCACCAGAACCUCCUCAAAACCUUUCUCUCUCAAAGCAGUUUUAUCCCAAAACCAAGCAAAUACGUUUACCCAAAAGACUACUCCUUUUAAGCAUUGUUUCACAAAACCCUCUGAUGGGUUUCUCUACUGUGAGAAUCUCAAGGUCCAGGAUAUUAUGGAGAACGUUGAAAAAAGACCAUUUUAUUUGUAUAGUAAGCCCCAAAUUACUAGAAAUGUUGAGGCUUAUAGGGAUGCUUUAGAAGGAUUGAAUUCAAUUAUUGGGUAUGCAAUUAAGGCUAAUAAUAACUUGAAGGUUUUGGAGCAUUUGAGGCAGUUGGGUUGUGGGGCUGUCCUUGUUAGUGGUAAUGAGCUUAGACUGGCUCUUCGCGCUGGAUUCGACCCCAAAAGGUGUAUUUUUAAUGGAAAUGGGAAGCUUUUGGAGGAUUUGGUUUUAGCUGCUCAAGAAGGUGUUUUUGUUAAUGUGGAUAGUGAAUUUGAUUUAGAGAAUAUUGUAGCAGCUGCUAGAAUUGCUGGCGAAAAGGUUAACGUUUUACUUCGAAUUAAUCCAGAUGUUGACCCUCAGGUCCAUCCUUAUGUUGCCACUGGGAACAAGAACUCUAAAUUUGGCAUUCGAAACGAGAAACUGCAAUGGUUUCUGGAUGCUGUUAAGUCACAACCUGAUGAGCUGAAGCUUGUGGGGGCUCAUUGCCAUCUUGGCUCAACCAUUACAAAGGUGGACAUAUUCAGGGAUGCUGCAGUUCUUAUGAUCAACUAUAUUGAUGAAAUUCGAGCUCAAGGCUUUGAAGUUAACUACCUAAACAUAGGAGGUGGUUUGGGUAUAGAUUACUAUCAUGCUGGUGCUGUCCUUCCCACUCCAAGAGACCUCAUUGACACUGUUCGAGAUUUGGUGCUCUCACGGGAUCUCAAUCUCAUCAUUGAACCAGGGAGAUCAUUAAUUGCAAAUACCUGCUGCCUGGUCAACAGGGUCACGGGUGUGAAAACUAACGGAACUAAAAAUUUUAUUGUGAUUGAUGGCAGCAUGGCUGAACUUAUUCGACCCAGUCUUUAUGAUGCAUACCAACACAUAGAGCUAGUUUCUCCUGCACCACCAAAUGCUGAGGUUUCAACUUUUGAUGUGGUGGGUCCUGUCUGUGAGUCUGCUGAUUUCUUGGGAAAGAACAGAGAACUUCCAACCCCUGCUAAGGGAGAUGGUUUGGUAGUUCAUGAUGCUGGUGCUUACUGCAUGAGUAUGGCAUCAACAUACAAUCUGAAGAUGCGCCCUCCUGAAUACUGGGUCGAAGAAGAUGGAUCAGUGACCAAAAUACGGCACGGAGAGACAUUUGAAGACCAUAUGAAGUUCUUUGAGGGUCUUUGACUGCAGAAAUUAACCAUUUGUACCAGAGCAACAGCGUUUUGGCAAUUUUAGAUUAUGAUUAGAAAUUAUGUUUGUUCCAAUAGUUUUGAUUACUUUGGUGAUUUUUAUGUUGUGGAUUAAAAUUAAGUAAUAGUGAUAAGUUGAGUGAUUGUGGAUGAAACUUAUCCCAUUGACCAGCGGUCUCAUCUCACAUAUUUGAAGCCCGCUAGACCCUCUUAUGGUUUCACACUCUCACUUCUACA